AGCGAACGGUUCUUUUUGAGGCGUUUUGUGCGCGCCUCGAGACAAUUCGUUCUGCUGUAUCCAAUUCAAGAUAGGCAAUAUGGUGUCCUUCAAACUCUUCUCCCUCACCACACUCGCGGCCGUGGUAACCGCCCAGAACGCUACAAUCCGAUACAUGCCCUUUGGCGACUCAAUUACUGAAAUUAUCUGCUGGCGUGCCAAACUCUGGGAGAAACUGCAAACCACAGAAUGGAAAUCCGUUGACUUCGUCGGAUCCGGCAAAACCGAAAACAAUUGCAAAGACACGAAAUACGACCGCGACAACGAGGGCCACUCUGGUUUCCUAGCAAUCGAUAUCGCGAAUAAGAAACAGCUGGAUGGAUGGCUACAGAAAAAUCCGGCGGAUGUGAUUACCAUGCAUUUGGGGACAAAUGAUAUUGUGCAGCAGAAUAAGGCGGUCGCGGAUAUUAUUAAGGCGUUUACCACGUUGGUGAGCACGAUGAGGACGAGUAAUCCGAAGAUGAAGAUUAUCGUCGCCCAAAUCAUCCCUAUGGGCACAGGGUCCUACAACACGAAAAUCCAAGACCUGAACAAAGCCAUCAUUCCCUGGGCCACAGGCCUCAAUUCCACAGACUCUCCCAUCUGGGUCGUCGAUCAGUAUACAGGGUUCUCGGGAUCUUCGGAUCUGAGGGAUGGUGUGCACCCGAAUGAUUCGGGCGAUACCAAGAUGAUGAAUGUGUGGUAUCCGGCAUUAGUGAAUGCGCUUCAGGUUAUUAAAAGUGCGAGGUUGAGUGAGAGGGAUGGGGAGGUUGUCGAGAGGAGGUUUGUUGCAUGAGCGAAGCAACCGCUGUGGGGCGUUCACCAAGGGCUAGGAAGAUACAUA